GGGUAGCGCUAGAAGGCGUCUAGAAGAGGCGACAAAGCUGCUGCAAUCACAGAAAGGAGCAGCGGAGUGACCGCUGUAAGUGCAAGGGAAAGUGCAGAAGGGCCCGGGCUGGAGCCAGAGAAGCUGGCUGGAGGCCGAGCGCGCUGCUGCGGGCCGGAUACUCACUGCCUGCUGGGCGCAGAGCGAGAACGCAGGGAGAGGACUCGCCUUCAUUCGUUCUGUGAAUCUUCAUGCACAGCCUCCUUCCGUCUCCAGGCAGACAUUCGUGUGCCGCGCGGUACAGGGGUUUGUGAGGCGCCGAGGACCAAUUCUCAUUACCACCUGGUGCCCAGACACAUACAACAAACCUGGGCGGUGGAGGCCUUGCUUCAGCCCAGGCUUCCUUUCCUGCUCCGAGGGCAAGAUGGCAGAGAAUGAAGGUUCCCAGGACACCUUGCGGCUCCAGUUCAGGGCCAUGCAGGAGAUGCAGCACAGAAGGUUACAGAAGCAGAUGGAGAAACGGAAGGAAAAAGAACUGAGCCUCCAAAGCAGAGUCAAUGACCAGAAAGAGCCCCUGGAGAUCUCUGAUGGCCUCAGCGUCCUCCAAGCCGGGGAGCAGAACUCAAAAACCAGCUUUGAACAGAGGGUGCUUGAAGAUGAGAUCCAACAGCUGCGGGAUCAACUCAGGGAAACAGUGGAUGAGAACGGGCGAUUGUAUAAGCUGCUAAAGGAGAGGGAUUUUGAAAUCAAACACCUCAAAAAAAAGAUAGAAGAGGACAGAUUCGCCUUCACAGGGACAGCUGGUGCAGCUGGAGAUGUGAUCGCCACCAAAAUUGUUGAGCUGUCCAAAAAGAACCGGGUGCUGAUGGCAGAGUCAGAGGGCGCGAAGACCAGAGUGAGGCAGCUGAGCAACCGCAUCCAGGAGCUAGAGCAGGAGCUGCAGAUGGCCCUUGCCAGAUUGCCAGCCAAGGGGGCCACCGACGCAGGAACCAAGCCUCUGAGGGCCCAGAUGGGAGACAGAAUCUUGCCGGAGAGCCCAGAGGUGAAGGUCUUGCAGGACAGGCUGGCGGCUACAAACCUGAAGAUGAGUGACCUCCGCAACCAGAUCCAGGCUGUGAAGCAGGAGCUCCGGAUAGCCCAGAAGGUUUUGACCAGUGAGGUUGGGGAAGAUGUGAACAUCCAGCAGCUCCUGUCCUCUCCUGGCUCCUGGAGGGGUCGGGCUCAGCAAAUCCUCGUCUUGCAGAGCAAGGUUCGAGAGCUUGAGAGACAGCUGGGACAGACCCGGAGCCAGUCUAUAGAAACAGCCAGUGAUGAGCUGCCUGCCCAUCCAGACCCAAGGAAGCUGUCAGCACAGGAGAAAAACCUAUUAAGGAUCCGCAACCUGGAGAGAGAAAAACAGGAAGGCUGGGAGAAACUUGCGGCGGAGCGAGAUGCCCUCCAGAGAGAGCUCGAAGAGCUGAAAAAGAAGUUUGAGGGUGUGAGGUCCCGCAACAAGGUGCUGUCGAGUGAAGUGAAGACCCUCAGGAGUCAGAUGGGGACCCUCGUGGAGAAGGGCCGGCAUGAUGACGAGCUUAUUGAUGCCCUCAUGGACCAGCUGAGGCAGCUACAGGAGAUACUGGGCAGCCUGAGUCUACAGGAGGAAAAGACACGAGUGUCCCAGCACCACCUGGACCAGCAGCUCAACAACGAGGCUCAGCGGAGCAGCAGCCUUGUGGCCCAGCUGCGGGCCAUGGUGGCUGAGCGGGAGGCCAAGGUGCGGCAGCUGGAACUGGAGAUCGGGCAACUUAGUGUGCAGUAUCUUCGGAAUAAAGGAGUAGGUGAGGGGUCCACUGGGCCUGAGGUCAACCCUGCCACCACCAAGUUCCCCAAUGAUCUGGGCCUGGCCAGGUCCCCAGCCUCAGCAGCAGGUGAUCACGCUGGCAGGCUUGGAUCUUCACGCUCCGUGACCAGCCUGGGCCACACGCUGGUGGAAUCUGCUCUCACGUGGCCUUCCCUGCCCAGUCCUCACGGGCCAUCACCCAGGUUCUUGGACUCACCAGAACAAAAAGGCUGGCAGACACAGGUGACAGAGUUCAAGGCCCUCUGGCAGGCCGCUGAGGUGGAACGUGACCGGCUCACAGAAUUUGUCACUGUCCUGCAGAAACGGGUGGAGGAGAGCAACAUCAAGCUUCUGGAGUCGGAGAGGAAGCUGCAGGAGGAGCGGCACCGCACCGUGGUGCUGGAGCAGCACCUGGAAAAAAUGCGCCUGGAGCCUGCAAGGACGUCAACCUCUCAGAGAGCAGCCCCCAGGAGCAAAACAGGUCUUCCCGCCUCUAACACCAAGCAUAACCUGAACGGGAGUGAGAGGAAGGACCUGUCCUCUACCCAGCUCUCCAAUGUGCCUGUGGAAUCCCAGAUGGAGGAGCUGACCACCAGGAUAGCCAUCCAGGUGGAGGAGAAUGAAAUGCUGAAGGCUGCCCUGGACAGUACCCUGCGGGGAAAGGAGGAGGACUUCCGUAUGUACCACGAGACCCUGGGCCAGGUAAAAGGAGUCUUUCUGCAGGCCCUGCGGCAGCAGAAGGUGGACAAGCACUAGGAUGGCAGCUCAGGCUGGACAGGGCAGCCUCCGGCCUUGAGAGGACCAGGAUCUGUCUGAGGAAUCCAUCUGCCCCUGAAAGCCAAUCUGGGGCAGCCAGCUGGGCCACUUCUCCCAGAAGAGACUUUCCAAGGGUGACCAGAGCCAACAAACCAUGGUAGGAAUGCAAAGGAGAAGCCCUGGGCAGGCUUGGCUACAGCAAGGAAAGAAGCCCAGUGGUCUGUUGGCAUCAGCAAGAGCUCUGGGAUGACAAGCUGGUUUUGAAUGUACAGAUGCAGUCCCUUGGGCAGGUGCUCAUCAGCCUUGUCCUAGAGCCUAGUGGGGGACCCUUGAUGCCCACAGGUCUCCAUAUGUGCAGGAGAGCCCAGAGUGCUCCAGGCUGGGAGCAUCCCCAGCCCCACCCCCCUAUCCCUCACCAGAGCAUCCUCACACACCACUCCCCGCUCCAUCCCCACCCUCCACAGACUUGGGAGCAUCAUUCUCUCUUGUCAGCCCACCCUUUAGGGCUCUUCCAUUGAUGCAGACUCUCAGGCUUGUAAUAAUAAUGGUGUUUUCAUGAUCACUGCAGCUCCCAGUGAGCAUCUACUUGGCAACCUGACCCCAUUUAGACCUCCAGGAUCCCAGGGUGUUGUCACCCCAUUUUACAGAGAAAGUGAGGCUCACAGACAAUGAGCUAACAUUUAACACUAGCCUGCCUGCUUGCAAAAACCAGGGUCCUCCAGUUGAGCGGAUUAGGUAUAGGUGUGUGACAGGGACUGUUGGCACGCAACUCCAACAGUAGGUGUGCCUACCCACUGCUGGGCAGCUCUGCCCCUCACAGCUGCUCCAAGAGGCACCUCCUUUUACUUUCAAAAGGCUGAAGCUUGUGAGUGCUGGUGGCAGAGGGCAGAGGUGGGGCCAACUUGGAGCUUUGGGCAGAAGAAUUUUGAGGCAGUGGGUCCAGAAAAAGGCAUGGUGUGCCUCCCUCACUGCAGCACUGGGGUGAACUGGGAGGGGUGCUGCUGCUCCAUGCCCCUCUGUGACUGCCGCAGAGUGUCAUCCCCUCUACUGCAGUUACUGCCAUGAGGAGGGGUGGCUCCAUGGUCUGUGGCCACACACCCCAACUCUAGAUAUUAUGGCCACAACUGUGCACGCACAGGCCACACCAAAACACAGAUGUACACAGAUACCUAGACUCAGGAGCAUGCAACUAUAUGUAUACACGUUACCACAGACAGUGCCAGCACAACACUCAUAGGCCCCUCCACACAGGUGAGUGAGGUUGCGUGCAUGCCUGUGUGGAUGUGGAUGCACAUUCCCACUUGUGAAGACCAGUCAUGUGUGUCACCUGUGUGGUGACUCACAAACACAGUAGUUACUGUGAAAAUCCCCUCCCCAGGGGAAACCACCUGGGCCUUCUAGGACCCUGUCUGCUUGAGCUUUUCCUCAGAGGUGAGGCUGAGGAGGGAUUUUGUGCCAGCCUUCCACUCAGAGCUCCCAAUCCUGUAUGGGAUACAGGUCUAGAGACCCCCAGCAAGUGUAGUGAAAGCCAUCAGGAUGAAGGGAUCCUAAGGGUCCCUGAAAAGGAAGUUUCCCUCUGAUCCCACAUGAAGUGAAAUAGCCAGGCAGAGCUAGAGAGAGGAAGAGGACCUGUGCUGGGAGGUGGCUGUGUGAGAGUGAGGAAUGCGCCAGAUGCAGUUAGAAUGAGGCCAAGCAGUUAGCACCUUCUCCUGCAGGCGCCAGGGAGCCCAGAGGGUGAUCUAAGUGCAGAGGGGUGCAAGCUCUGGCCCUAAGCAGAGCCCCUGGGAGGGGAAGGCAAGCAUAGGACUGGCCAUCCUUCUUGGGGAUGGAUGGAGGGCCAGGGGCCACCUCAAGGGGGUGCAGGGUGGCAUGAUCCAUACCCUUGACUACUCAAGGUAGUUUUGCUGUCCUUCCUGGCCCAGGGCUGGGUAUGAGGAGGAAAGGGUUUCUGGCCCUGGAGUCUGAACAGGUAGGAGUGCCUGAGGCAGAUUUCUCUCCACUCACCACCUGUGUAGCCUUGGGCAAGUUACUUAACCUUCUGAGCCUCAUCUGUAAAAUGGGGACACUAAUAGAAACCUUCCUCAAAGACUGUUAUCGGUGUCAGAAUGCCUCCAAGACACUUAACUGAUUUUAGCUUGCUGUGUACUUCUGUAGGGACAUGUGUCAAUAGAUGGAUUCCACAUUGGAUGGGGAGGAAACUGCAGGUGGGCACAAGAAAUCCUGUUAGCACAUUUUCGGGUAAACUGAUUAGCGGGCAUCUUGCAGAAGUUAGUCUGCAAUCUUUAGCCAACUAUGGGUGUAAACAGGACAGUUUUAAUUUACAGGUUCUGCAGGCAGCCCUGAGAGCUUUGCUGUGGAGCUGUGUGCCAACAGUCCCUGUCACACACCUGCCACCAGCACCCUCAGCUUAGUCAGAGCAGGUCUACUCCACUCCCCUGUCAGAAUCUCUCUUCAGGACUCACUGAGUUAAAAGGUGCCAAGUGCUAGCACAGCAGCUGGCACACAGUAAGUGCUCAAUAAAUGUUAGCCCUCAAUAUGACCUCUAUUAGUUCAACAAAUACCUGUCGAGCAACUCCUCUGCCCCAAACGUGAGGGUUUCAAGCAAGGGAGACACAGUCCCUGAGCUCUAGGAAGCCUCAGGUCAGCUGGGGAGACAGAUUCCUAAGCCACUAUCCAAUCAGCCAGCUGGCCAUCAAGCAGUCAUUGAGUGCCAACUGCAUGCCAACCUCUCCAGGACUGUGAGGGGCCUGGGGGUGAAUUUGACUUGCUGCUGCAUUCAGGGACCUGCUGGUCCAGACAGAGAGGCUUGGGAAACAGAGGGCCACCACGGACCAGAAGGGGUAUGCAGGAGCAGAACCUCAGAGCCCCCUGUAUUUCCUGCUGUGGCUUCCAGGCUCUUUGCCCAGGUCUGGGUGGGGUGGGGGCUGUCCUUCCAAUCUCCUAGAGGUGUGGGUGGAGGAGGGUAAACGGGGAAGGCCCAGGAGAGCCUUUAAGGGAGGAAAGGGUUUCUGUCAAAGGAGCCAAGAACUAGGGCCCUGAAGAAUAUAACUCAAGUGGGUCAGGUGGGGAGUGGGGCAACCUGGUCCAUCCAGGUUAGUGUCCAUGGCCCCUCCUGAGUAGCACCACUUACUACUGUCCCCGUAGCCAUGAGCAUGACCUUCCCAGCUCUCAUGCCAGUGGGCAGCAGGUGGGCUAUAAGUGCCUUUCACAGAUGAGAACACUGAGGACCCUACCCAGAGCCACAAGGUGGUGGGCGCAGGUGACAGGUGCAUGGAGAAUGGAGGAACAACAAGCAGAGGCUGAGGAUGGAGAAACCUCAUGUGAGGCCUCUCCCUGGCUGUACCCCAGGCAGGUGCUGUGGACCUGGAGCUCAGGUGACAGUCUCACUGACAGGUGAGACAUGGUUGAGCCAUGGGCAUGGCUUGGCCACUGUCCCAUGGGGGCCUCUAGGGCACCACAGCUGAACUGGACAAGGCUGCAGUCUGGCUCAGGCUGACCCAGCCCCAAACACAUCCCAUUGUACCUGGGCCAUUCCCUGCUCUCAGGAGUCCAAGUCAGGUUGCCUGCAGCAAAAGGACUCAUUUGGGGCCCCGCCCCCACUUCCAGUGGCCAGAACUAGCCUCCCAAUCUAGGGAGCCCAUGACCACCCUACAAGGAAGUCUCUGCCCACCCACCCCCUCUCCACAGGCUGCCACACACACCGUAUCUCCUACAGUCCCUGAGCCUUACACACACACACACACACACACACACACACAGAGUACAUCACAGGAGUACACACACAUGCCAUAAACAACAUACCAAAAAAACCCACACAGACCCCACACACAACCAAGACAAUUAUACACACACACAUUUUCCCUGCAUUUUUACUUUGAUCAACAAGAAACAUGAAAAGGACCUGAGACUUGAGUGAAUUGGCCCCCCUGCCCACCUUUCCCAGUAGCCCUUGCUGGUCUUCCUGCAGUCACUUCCUGCUCCUCAUUUUGUGGAUGCAAGGCGUCUUCCUCUCUCACCACCCCUCACACAGAAGGGAGCUGACCUCAAGCUGUUCAGCUCAGGUCCAAGAGGCCUCCCUAGCCCUCCACCCUCAUGCCAUCCCCAUAUGCCAAGCUCCCUACAAACCCCACUGCACAGGACUCACCCAGUGGACCACUCUUCCUGCUUUGUCUGGACCUCUGGAGCAAGGGCGUCUCGGUCUAAGAGCCUCUCUUUAUAAGCAGCUCAGUGAGCCAGGCCCCGGCCAAGCAAUGAGUCACUGAAUCCCCCCAAGAACCCAGUGAGGUCAGGGCCGGCAGUGUGCCCAUUUACAGAUGAGUAUAUGAGGCUCAGAGAAGUGGAUUGCCAGCAAGGUGAAGCUCAGGCUCAAGUCAGUUGGCUGAACCUGUGCUCUUAAAAGUGGAGCUAUACCAACCCAUCUGCUUCCCGGAACCAUUCUCUUUGAGCCUCACAAGGGCACCAACCUGAUGGCCAGCCCAGGCUGGUCUCAGCCAGCAUUGGGUAUAGAUAGGUGAGUUAAGUUCUUGCCCUUGCAGGGCAGUCAGCUCCAGAAGCUUAUGGGGCUGACCCAAUUACCUAACCUAAUCUCCUUGUAUGUCAGGUUCCUUUUCUAUCAACUAAGGAAAAUGGUACAGGUAACCUCUUCCCUGGGGAUUGUGGUACAUUAAAGAUGUACAGCCUUAGAAACA